ACGUUUCCGUCCAGCCCCGGCUUCCCGCUUCUUCUCCCUAGUGGUUACUUGGACCAAGGCCCCGCCCCUGAGCCUGCGCUCCCUGCAUCUCCGACGCGGAUUGGCCGAAGGUGGAAAGGCGGCGCUUGGAAGCGCGUUAAAGAGCGCAGGAGUUUCGGCCACGCGUGCCUGGGAAGGAUCAAUGGCGUGGCAGGGGCUGACGGCCGAGUUCCUGCAGGUGCCAGUGGUGACGCGGGCUUACACUGCGGCCUGCGUCCUCACCACCGCUGCUGUGCUGGAGCUCCUAAGCCCCUUCCAGCUCUACUUCAACCCGCACCUCGUAUUCCGGAAGUUGCAGGUCUGGAGGCUCGUCACCAACUUCCUCUUCUUCGGACCCCUGGGAUUCAGCUUCUUCUUCAACAUGCUCUUCGUGUUCCGCUACUGCCGCAUGCUAGAGGAGGGCUCCUUCCGCGGCCGCACGGCGGACUUUGUCUUCAUGUUUCUCUUUGGGGGCAUCCUUAUGACUCUGCUGGGGUUCCUGGGCAGCCUGUUCUUCCUGGGCCAGGCCCUCACAGCCAUGCUGGUGUACGUAUGGAGCCGCCGCAGCCCUCAGAUGAGGGUCAACUUCUUCGGCCUCCUCACCUUCCAGGCGCCAUUCCUGCCCUGGGCACUCAUGGGCUUCUCAAUGCUGCUGGGCAACUCGAUCCUUGUGGACCUGCUGGGGAUUGCUGUUGGCCACAUCUACUACUUCCUGGAGGAUGUCUUUCCCAACCAGCCUGGAGGCAAGAGGCUACUGCUGACCCCCAGCUUCCUCUGCUACUGGAUGCCCCAGAAGAGGACACCAAUUACCUGCCCCUCCCUGAGGAGCAGCCAGGACCCCUGCAGCAGUGACCCCAUCCAAGGCCAGGGCUAGCUCCAGGGGUCUGUUUCCAUCCCAUUCCUAAUCCCUGCUUGCAGCAGAGCAACCUGUCCUGGAGGCUGGGCCCAUGCCCAGGGCCCACCUGAAUAAAUCGAAUGACUUGCA